AUGCCACGCCCCAACAAAGCUGCCACAAGAGCCAGAGCGAAGCAACAGGCUGGCCAGUCAAUGUUUAUACCUGUGAAGGCUGUCUCCAAUUCUAGUGAAUCAAUGUAUGAUUCAGGUGAAGAAGAAGUCUGGUCAGCUGCAGAAUCUGAUGCAGAAGAACAAGAUGAAUCACCAGAAAACAUCAUGUCAUUGCAAGAACUUUAUGCUGUCUUUCUGCCACUAUGUCUAAAGCAACAUAACCUGCCACAAGCCAAAAAAACGACAGGGUCCCAACCGAAGUGUUAUUUAUCAGAAGGACUCUCAUACAAGCAACUGGCAGAAGAAGAACUAUUGGAAAGGGGCAUCAAAAGGAUGUCAGAAACUGGACUUGUUCUUUUCCAUAGGAAACUAAGUGACAUGCAGAAAAAACGGACCCGCACACCAUCCCCAGAUUUACAACUCAUGUCCAAGAGUGAGAUGAUGGAUGAAACAUUGGAGGAAGAUUCUGGACUUGCCUUUGACAUCGAGAUGGGUCUCAAAUUUGAUGUCUUUUGUAUGGAGCAGCUUGAGAAUGAAUUGUCCAUUGAAGAGCCCCAGCUUCAAAUGCCCAACAAUGAGACAAAUGAUGAUUUCUGGCUUGCUCACAAUGGAGGGGAAGAAUUGGACCAUGACAAGUCCGAAUCAGUCAUUGAUUCAGAAGCACAAGUCACUGAAGCACCUGAAAUUACUGCUGCACAAGAGCUUAUGGAUGACAAUGAAAACGAGCCUGCUCCUGACAUCUUCCAGAUUGUAAAAUCAUGUCUGGAAGAUCUUAAAAAGUUAGAUAUGCCAGCAGCACAAAGAGUCAAGAUGGUGAUGCAUCUUACUGCAGUUACCCAAUAUGUGCAGUUCCAGGAGAGAUUCUGCUGCAAUCCAAAUUGCAAGUGGCCCUGUCUUAAUGCCAGUCUGGCUAUUGCACAUCGGAUGGGAAAAGCAGAUGGUGCAUACUUUGCACGCCAGAUCCGCCACCAUGAAAACUAUCUCUUGUGCCAUCAUCGUCUCCCGCUCACAAAAAAAGCUAUCAAUUGGUUGAAGAAACUUGGUUAUACCUGUAAAGAUGUUAAGAAGGGGGUUUACCAUGAUGGUCAUGAAUGCCCUGAUGUCAUUGAGGCAUGCAAAAAGUUCCUGGAUCAGAUGGAAGAAUAUGAAUGCACCAAUGAUCACACCCGUCGGGUGUGGUUGAAAGACAACCAGCAACCAUUGAAGACAAAAGGAAAUGGCCAACAAAUUCACAUAUCAGACUGGAUCUGUGAACUGACAGGCCAACUCAAUACACGAGGGAUGCCUCAGCAGUUGGUGUACCCUGACACCCACCCUGAUCUUCAAUUGCAAGGAAAACCAAAAGGUAUGAAGGCCGUGCUUCAAGAGCGUGAAUCUGUUUGGCAGGAGUUGAGCUUGCAAUGUCACAGAAAAGUUGUGGGAAAGUGCAGGAGCUGCCAGAAAUCACAGGCAAAGAAAGAUGCUGAGAGGCGAGUUGCUGCAGCUGAGGCAAUGGGGCAAGAAGACACAUUGUGA